AUGUUGACCACUGCACCAAACCAUACAGCUACUCUCGUCGACAACGAAAAGGAAGGCAGAAGCGGAAAUCCAGUUAGAAAGCCGCAAGCUGUAUUCGAUUAUAAUAAAGCUAAGAAAGGAGUCGAUUUUACGUAUGUUGGGUCUACAUCAGCAACUGAGAAUGUUCCAGAAAAACAACAAAGGACGCCAAUUUCAAGGCCUGGUUUGAAUAAAAAAAGAAAGAUUAAUGAUGAUCUGUCAACAGAAGUACUUACUACAAAGCGCGACCACUUUAAAGCACCAAGGGAACAACCUGACCGUUAUGAUCUGAUAGGAAAAACAGCUGCUGUGAGAUUGAGAAGUCUAGGAAAACGUCAGGCCCUCAUUGCGGAAAAAACAACAAAUGACGUGCUAUUUGAGGCUGAAAUGGGUUAUCUAAUUACAUCGCCAAUGGAUCAUUAUAAUAUAUCAGCAAGACACAAUCCUAAUACCACACAGACGACACCGUCAACAUUUAUAGGUGCUUCAAUCAGCGAAACUCAAAACAACGGAUCUGGACAAUCCCUCUACUCUCACAAUAACUCAGCAAUAUCAUGUAUUAAUAAUUCUACUCAAAGUACGGCACCGUCAACGUCAAGAAAGACACCUAGCUCAUUAGCAGAAAUUCAUUAUUCUGACAACUCAACACCUUCUUAUUUUAAUAAUAUGAGUCCAAGUCCCACACUUUCAGAAAAUCAUUAUUCGCAGAACAGCUCAGCAUCCUCUUAUUUUUCUCAUUUUAGUGAUGUAUGA